UGUUUUAAACGAAGGAUGAAGGGCUUAAAGUUAUUCCAUCUUCGCUCCAUCUUUCCUUAAACCCUAGCUCUGCAACCACUCGCCGUCAAUGGCUCGCGUUAUCAGAGCCCUGAGUAGAACCCUUCGUUCUCCUUAUCCUAGAUGUCCAGUUCCUCGACAGAGCCUUACGGAAAUCUGUCUACAGAAAAAGCAGCUUCACACUUUUUUAUUUAAUCCAAACUCUUUAAUCUCUACUAGGAAUUACGUUUCAGAAAUGCGCAAAUCCGCCUUUGAAGGUAACAUUCUGAGACUUAUCCGUAGUGAGAUCAAGUACGAACUUGAGCAGGACCCUCCCAGACAGUCUAUAACCAAAUUUGGUUCAUUCACAGUUGAUGACCGGCCAGGAGAGCAAUGGAUUAGUUUGAAUAGAAAAUUUGGUCGGACUGAGGAUAUUAAAAUUGAGGCGACCAUGUUUGAUGAUUCUAUUCCUGUUCCAAAAUCUGUUGGUGAUAUGGGGGAAGACGUUCAGCUCCACAUUACAUUCAUUGUCAAUAUCUCUAAGGGUGAUGAUGGUGAAGUCAUGGAGAUCAUGUGCUCAGCUUGGCCUGAUAGCAUAGAGAUCACAAAGCUUUACAUCCAUCAGCAUGGCAAGAUGCUAGCAGAGCCUUAUUUAGGACCUGAGUUCAAGGAACUGGAUGAUGAAUUGCAAAACUCACUUUAUGAUUUUUUGGAGGAAAGAGGUAUAAAUGAUGAACUUGCUGUUUUCUUGCAUCAAUACAUGAAGAACAAAGAUAAAACUGAGUUUAUUAAAUGGAUGGAAACUGUGAAAUCUUAUAUUGAGAAGAAAUAAAUAUUCCCUUUGCGAAUGUUUCGUCUGGCAUUUUUGUUGUCUUAACCUGUUUUGUGCAUUGGCUAUCUGAUGCAGGGGCAAAAAAAAAAAAAAGUUUACUGUUAAUUAAAGUUGUAGAUAAAUUUGGCAAUUUAUUUAUUGCUGGAUUAAUAGUCCCACUAUUUAGGAGUAUUUUGAUUUUGUUCUUGUUAGGUUUUAUUUGAGUUUUGAGUUAGUAUUUAUUUUGAAUUUAUUCUGACUUAAUUGUUUAUAGGAGUAGGAUCCAUGGAGGUCCAUGUCAUUAUAUAUAUCCAUCUAAUUUUUUAUGA